GCGAUGCGACCUAAUCUAACAGUAAAGAGCUCUGCAAUGAUUUGGCUCGGAGGCUUGGGCUCCUGCCCAGCACUGACACACGCACACAUUCACUUCCCAGGAGUGUGAGCAAUGCCUCUCCUCUGAUCAGUCACGGGAGGGCUGGAUCUUCAGAGUUACACCUCCUGCAACUUUCUCACUAGCUGCUCGCAACCUGCGCUGCCGGAAUUGCAGCCUGCAAGCUCCCCUGUGGUGGGACUUCUCUGAGGCUCGCUUCUCCUCCCUGCCACCACCAUGGACUCCCAGCCACACAGCGGGGGCUGCCCGGGGACAGGAGACUCGGAGGAGAGGGCAGAGAGACGGUGAAUUUUGGGAGAGGUCUCUCCUGCUGCAACAGGGCUUGAGAGGACACCCUGCCAUGGAAGCCGUUACCGCAAGGUGCGUCCUCAGCUUAGUUAUUCUGGUAUUUUGCACGACCCAAGGUGGGAGCUCGGAGAAAGGCAACCCCUCCCCUCUGCACUUCACCCACCUCGUUUACAACGCCACCAUUUAUGAGAACUCGGCCCCCAAGACCUACGUCGAGAGCUACGUCAAAAUGGGCAUCUACAUGAAAGACCCAGACUGGGCCAUCCGAUACCGAAUAGCUUCUGGGGACAACGCUGGCCUCUUUAAAACCGAGGAGCACGUUGUUGGGGAUUUCUGCUUCUUGAGGAUAAGGACUAGGAGUGGUAACACAGCUCUUUUAAACAGGGAGGUGAAGGACAAUUACAUGCUGAUCAUUCAAGCCACCGAGAGGAGCUUUGCCUACGAAGCGUGGGCCAAAGUGUUGGUCCACAUUCUGGACCGAAACGACCUGAAACCCCUCUUUUCACCCCCCUCGUACAAAGUCACCAUCCGAGAAGACAUGCCUCUAAAGACCACGAUCGGUGUGGUCAGCGCCACGGACGCCGACCUAGGCCAGAAUGCAGAUUUCUACUACGCUCUCAACACCCGGUCGCACUUGUUCACCGUGCAUCCCACCAGCGGGGUUGUGAUGACCGCUGGUAGACUGAAUGCUACCCACCGAGGGAAGCACCAGCUGCAGGUCCUGGCUGUGGACAGGAUGAGGAAGAUCUCGGAGGGCAACGGGUUUGGAAACCUGGCUAGUCUAGUGGUCCAAGUGGAGCCAUCUAUCAAGAAGCCCCCGGUCAUUUCAUCCGUGACGGUGACACCACCUGAUUCAACUGAAGACCUUCUCUAUGCAACGCUGCUGGCGGAGACGUACGGCUCAGAAAGCGAGAUAGAGUCGGUCGACAUUGUGGGCGGAGAUCCAGGGAGGCAUUUCAAAGCUAUCAAAUCGUAUGUCGGGAGCCAUGAGUUUACGAUAGUGUCAACCAAGGAGAUUAACUGGCUGAAUAACCCACUGGGUUUCAAUCUCAGUCUGCAAGCCAAGGACAAGAGCAAACCACCCCUCCACUCUCCGGUUAGAGUUAUUCACAUCCCUCCUCCCAAACACGUCUCAGCCAGAUUUGAGAAAGACGUGUACAAGGUCCAGCUCAGCGAAUUCUCCCCACCGGGGAGCCACGUUGCUAUGGUUGCAAUCACCCCAGUCUUUCCAAAUCUGAAAUAUAUGUUGAAACCCUCUCCUGACAGCACAAGUUUUAAGAUCAACCCUCGCACGGGGCUGAUAACGACAGUCAGGUUCAUGGACUUCCACGAGCAGCCUCAGUUUGAACUGGACGUGACAACCACCAACAGUCAUGCCUUCACCACCAUCGUUGUUGACAUCAUUGAUUGCAACAACCACGCUCCGAGCUUUACUCAGUCUUCGUACCACAGCAACUUUGAUGAAAACCUUUCUUCCGGCACCAGUGUCCUAACAGUGAGAGCCACUGAUCAGGACCACGGGGAGAACGGCUUUGUCACCUACAGUAUAGCCAACCAGAAAUCCGUUCCCUUUGUCAUUGACCCAUAUUCAGGCACAAUCUCCACCACCAAGCCAAUGGACUAUGAACUGAUGCAACGAUGGUACCACCUACGGGUCUGGGCUGCAGACUGGGGCUCGCCCUUCCGCCACGAAACAGAGGUUUAUGUCUCCCUCAUGUUAAGCAACCUAAAUGACAACGCCCCCGUGUUUGAGAAGGCCAACUGCAAUGGAAGCAUCCCCCGGGACCUACCUAUCGGGGGUGCGGUGGCCAUGGUAUCUGCCAUUGAUAUCGAUGAGCUGCAGCACGUUAAAUAUGAAAUCAUGUCUGGCAACGAGCUGCGGCAUUUUGAGCUGAACCCCAUCUCUGGAGUCAUCUCCCUGAGCACCUCCUUCAGGGACCUCCCAGGGGGACGACUGCCCUUCUACUCUCUGAAAAUAACUGCUACAGAUGGAGAGAACUAUGCUCUGCCCACCUCUGUGAACAUCACCGUGGUCAGCCCAGGUUUCCCAGUCCAAAUGCAGUGUGAGGAGACAGGGGUGCUGAAGCAGCUGACGGAGACAAUCAUCCACUCCAUCGAGUCUCAGUCUCAAGGCCACGGCCAAGAGGACGAAACAACUCUGAACCUGUAUCUCAUCAACCAUCAUGCACCGCAAUUUGAUGAUACCUUCCCAAGAUCUAUCGAUAUCAUGGAGACUGUCCCAGUCAACUCCACCAUCGUUGACUUGGUAGCUGUGGACCCUGACACUGGCUUCAAUGGCAAAUUGGUAUAUGUGAUCUCUGAUGGGAAUGAGGACAGCUGCUUUACUAUUGAUGCAGAAACGGGUCUCCUUCAGGUGUUUGCUCCUGUAGACCAUGAGCGUACAAGCUGCUACAUCCUUAACAUUACCGUAUAUGAUCUCGGCACUCCGCAGAAGUCAGCUUGGAAACUCCUGGCGGUGAAUGUGUUGGACGCCAAUGACAAUGCCCCUAAAUUCCCACAAGGUGCAUACUGGGUGGCGAUACCCGAACACGUAACAACAGGGACAACAAUAGCACAAGUAAAAGCAGAGGAUGUGGAUACAGAUGGCAACGGAAGGAUAAAAUACUCCCUCUUGACCCCCACAGAUAAAUUUGCCAUUCAUAGUGUCAGUGGGGAGGUGACAGUGAUUGGACCCCUGGACAGAGAACUAUGGCCUCGCUAUGUGCUCAAAAUAGAAGCGAGGGACCAGCCAACAACGGGCCAUCCGCUGUUUUCGGUCACCGAUGUGGUUGUGACUUUGGAUGAUGUCAAUGACAACGCUCCACGCUGCAUCCCAGAUCUCAACGCGGUGAAGGUCCCAGAGGACUUGCCCCUCGGGACCAUCCUGCUGUUCCUGGAGACCUUUGAUCCGGACACUGGCUUUGGGGGCGAGGUGGCGUACAGCUUCCUCAAUGACCAGGAGAAAGUGUUCCACCUGGACAGAUCGACGGGGGCUCUCAGCUUGGAGAAGGAGCUAGACUAUGAGAAAAGGGACUCUUAUAAUCUGACCGUGCAGGUCAGCGAUGGGGGAAAGCCUCUCUCCCGCUCGUCCCUCUGCCACGUGGAAGUCACCGUCCUGGAUGUGAACGAGAACUUGCACCCUCCUCGUUUCUCCUCCUUCGUGUUCACCGGCUGGGUGCAAGAGAACAGCCCCGAGGGGACAUCAGUCAUGACGGUCGCUGCACAGGAUGCGGAUAAGGGGAAGGAUGGAGAGCUCCAAUAUUUCAUCCGUGAGGGCACGGGCCUGUCUGUCUUCCGUAUCGAGAAGGACACAGGUACAAUCCUGACCAUGGGACCACUGGACCGAGAGGCCACCUCUCACUACUGGCUGACCGUGUUAGCUGUGGACCUAGGAUCUGUUCCUCUGUCCUCUGUGACUGAGAUUUUCAUUGAGGUCACUGACAUCAAUGACAACCCACCCCUGAUGUCCAGACCUGUCUUUUAUACGGCUGUAAUGGAGAACUCUCCACCAAACACCUCUGUCCUGCAGCUUGAUGCCAGCGACCCGGACUCCAGCUCCAAAGGGAAGUUGACUUUCCACAUCCUAAAUGGAAACCCCCAGGGAUUCUUCGCCAUUCACCCCGGCACAGGUCUGGUCUCUACCACUACACGGCAGCUGGAUCGAGAAUACAAGGCUGAACAUAUCCUCGAGGUCAUGGUUUCAGACAAUGGGGACCCCCCUCUGAAGUCCACCAGCAAAGUUGUGAUUCAGGUCCUGGAUGCCAACGACAACCCCCCCACCUUCCCCCAGAAGAUGUUCAUUGCUCAUCUCCAGGAGAGAGCCGCCUCUGAGGUGCCACUGCCCGUCUGCCGGCUGAUCGCCUCUGACCGUGACGAGGGGCAGAACAGCCAGGUCACCUACAGCAUCGAGGAUGACGAGGAGGGGAUAUUCAUCAUCGACCCUGCCACAGGCGUGGUGCUCUCCAGAAAGGCUUUCACCCCCUUGGAGUACAACAUCCUCACGGUCAAGGCGACGGACGGCGGCAGCCCCCCGCUCUCCUCCAUCGUGCGGCUCCACAUCAGCUGGGCCCCCAGCCCCGGCCCUUUGUCCGAGCCGCUCGCUUUUGACGAGCCCCAUUUUAACUUUGCCGUGAUGGAAACGGAUCCUGUGAACCAUAUGGUGGGCGUGAUCAGCGUGGAGGGUGGCCCCCGACCCACCUGGUUUACCAUCGCAGGUGGUGACGAUGACCUGGAUUUCGACAUAGAGAAGAGCACAGGCAGCGUGGUCAUUGCAAGACCCCUCGAUGCUAAGAAGAAGGUGAGCUAUAACCUUACCAUCGAAGUCACCGAUGGGUCGAGCGUCAUCCGAACCCAGGCUUUCAUCCACGUCAUAGACAUCAACCAGCACCGGCCCCAGUUCCUGGAGAGCCACUAUGAAGUGAGGAUCCCGGAGGAUGCCCCUCCUGGAAUGGAAAUCCUUCGGGUCAGCGCAACGGAUGAGGACCAUGGGAAGGGGUUGAUCUACACCCUUCACGGCAGCACAGAUCCCCGAAGCACAAGGUUUUUCCAGCUUGAUCCAAACAGCGGGGCUCUCCUGACCAUGGAGGGGUUUGGGUCCCAGUCCAUCACGCAGCACAUCUUUACAGUCAUGGUGCGGGACCAGGAAGUCCCCAUCAAGAGGAACUUUGCCAGGGUCGUCAUCCACGUGGAAAACUGCAAUAUCCACUCGCCCCAGUUCACCAGCAUCCACUACGAGGCCGAGGCCUUGGAUUCGGCCGCUGUAGGCACCGAGGUGAUACAAGUCAGAGCUCUGGACCAGGACCAAGGCGCCAAUGCUGAAAUCCACUACUCCCUUCAGGCAGGUAACAGCGAAGGUUUCUUCAGCGUUGGUCCACACUCUGGAAUUAUUACAGUCGCUCAGAAACUGGACCGCUCCAAGCAAGAGCGAUUCACUCUCAUCGUCAAGGCAGAAGAUCAAGGGUUUCCCCAACUUCAGGACUCUGCCACGGUGCACGUUCACAUCCGCCCCUCCGACAGCACCCCUCCCAAAUUCUCAGAGGCGGAGUACGUUGCAGAGAUCAGCGAGUCUACUGCCGUUGGCUCUCCUCUCGUCCUGGUUUCAGCCACCAGUUUGUCACCGGUCAGCUACGAAAUCAAAGAAGGGAACAGGGAUGGCAUGUUCUUGGUGAACUACCAGUCGGGCCUGGUUUCCAUGCAGAAAAGCUUAGAUUAUGAGCAGGUCUCAUUCUACCAGUUAAAAGUGCGGGGCACCAACAUGGCAGGGGCAUUUACGGACGCUACCGUGUUGAUCUAUGUCAUAGAUGAGAAUGACAACGCACCGACCUUUGUGAAGCCUUCCUUUGUUGGCUGGAUCCUCGAAAACGCUCCCGUGCCGAGCAUGGUUAUGGAUGAAAGCAACGCCCCGCUGGUGACACAUGCGGCAGACGCCGACCAAGAUGCCAAUGCCUUGCUGGUCUAUGAAAUUUUGGAGCCAGAGGCCUGGAAAUAUUUCAUGAUAGACCCGAGCAUGGGGACCCUCACCACCCAUGCCGAGAUCAAUUAUGAACUCAUCCCAGUUUUCCAUUUCACCGUCUAUGUCCAUGACAGCGGCAAUCCCAUUUUGUAUGCAUCCAAGCCUGCCAAGGUCACAAUCUACGUAAAAGACGUGAACGAUUCUCCUCCUGUUUUUCCAAAAGGCACUUAUGAGCUGUCUGUCUUGCUACCUGCCCAUCCAGGCAUGGAGCUCCUUACAGUGCAAGCCCAAGAUCCCGAUUCAGAGGUGACCUACAGCCUCGUGGAAGGCAACCCCGACAACGCUUUCAGCAUCCAUCCCUUCACCGGUCUUCUCUCCAUGCUUAACGCUACCAGCCUAGGACACUAUCGGGAGCUCACAGUUAGAGCUAGCGAUGGCUUGUAUAAGAGUACUGCUCUUGUUAAGAUAAAUUUAACAGAAACACAAGAGACUGGCUUAAAAUUUGAUCGGGAUUUGUAUACGGCAACGGUGGUGGAGAAUUCAACCGAUCAAAAGACUCUGGUGGUUCUUGGAGUCCAGGGGCAUCAGCUGAAUGAGCCGCUCUUCUUCUCCCUCUUAAAUGGCAAGGAGAAGUUCAAAAUGAUCCAGGCUUCGGGAGUGCUGCAGACCAAUGGUGUGGGAUUUGACCGUGAGACUCAAGACAUGCACGAAGUUGCAGUGGAAGUAAAGGACAGCAGAAAACCACCUCGCGUAUCUCAGGUGAAAGUCAAGGUUUAUGUAGAGGACGUGAAUGAUAAUCCACCCCAGUUUGAGAGUGUGCCAUAUUAUACGUCAGUCCAGGAUGGCACUGAACCAGGCGAUGUCCUUUUUCAGGUGUCUGCCACUGACAAGGACAUAGGAGACAACGGAGCCAUUACUUACUCCUUUACUGAGGACUACAAGUACUUCUGGAUAGACCCCUACCUAGGAGACAUCUCACUCAAGAAACCCCUCGAUUAUCAAGCUUUGAAUAAAUAUACCCUUAGAGUUAUCGCCAAAGACAGUGGUGAACCCUCCCUGCAUGCCCAAGAGGAGGUUAUAGUCACCGUGAGGAACAAAUCCAACCCUCUCUUCCAAAGCCUUUACUAUAGAGUCAAGGUACCGGAAAACAUCCCCCUGUACUCAUCCAUUCUCCACAUACAAGCCCGCAGUCCCGAAGGCUUGCGUCUCAUCUACAACAUCAUAGAAGAAGACGCCCUUAAACUGUUCAACGCUGACUUCAAAACGGGUGUCCUUACCGUCAUAGGACAGCUGGACUAUGAAUCAAAGACCAAGCAUACAUUUACUGUGAGAGCCACGGACACAGCGCUGGGGUCCUUUUCUGAAGCUGCCGUCGAAGUGGAGGUGGAGGAUAUGAAUGACAACCCACCUGUAUUUUCUCAGAUGGUCUUCACUGCAUCUGUCUCCGAAAGCUUGCCGGCUCAGACCCCUGUUGUCCAGGUCUCUGCUUCUGAUAAAGAUUCGGGAAGAAAUAAAGCGAUCUCCUAUCAGAUCUUGGACGAUGGCUCAAACGCUAUCAAGUUCUUUAACAUCGACGCCAACACGGGACAAAUAACAACAGCCCAGCCACUGGAUUAUGAAACAAACCAUCAGUUCCGCGUGAAAGUUAAGGCAACAGACCAUGGGACGCCCCCGCUCAGCAACGAAGCCCUGGUGAUUGUUGACGUGGUAGACAUCAAUGACAACCCCCCCGAGUUCAGCCAACUCCAGUACAAAGCCAAGGUCAGUGAAAUGGCCACCUGUGGUCAUAUCGUGGUAAAAGUCCAGGCCCUGGACCCUGACAGUGGAGACACUACCAGACUGGAGUACUUCAUACUCUCGGGUAAUGAAAACAGGCAUUUCACCAUCAACACCACUUCUGGAAUCAUUUCCAUGUUCAACCGCUGCAAAAAGGACCUGGACUCAUCAUACAACCUCAGGAUAUCUGCUUCGGACGGGGUGUUCAAGACCACUGUGCCGGUGUAUAUCAACACCACGAAUGCAAAUAGAUACAGCCCGGCUUUUCAGCACCAGGUGUAUGAAGCAGAGUUGGCCGAGAACGCAGAGGUCGGAACGAAGGUGAUUGAGCUACUGGCUGUUGACCCAGACGAUGGCCCCUACGGCACCAUAGAUUAUACCAUCAUAAACAAGCUCGCCGAUGAGAAGUUUGCCAUUGACGACAAAGGCCGCGUUGCCACGUUGCAAAAACUGGACCGGGAAAAUUCCACGGAGAGGAUCAUUGCAAUUAAAGUCAUGGCAAAGGACGGGGGCGGGAAGGUGGCUUUCUGCACAGUCAAGAUAAUCCUUACAGAUGAGAAUGACAAUCCCCCUCAAUUUAAAGCCUCUGAAUACACCUUGUCCAUCCAGUCCAAUGUAAGCAAAGGCUCCCCGGUCAUUCAGAUCCUGGCUUAUGAUGCAGACGAGGGUGUAAAUGCGGAUGUUACCUACUCUGUUGAUUCAGUGGAAGACAUAGCAGAGGACCUGGUUGAGAUCAAUGCUGCCACGGGGGUUGUUAAGGUCAAGGAGAGCCUUGCUGGGCUAGAAAAUAGAGCGCUUAACUUCAAGGUCAAAGCUGAAGAUAACAGACCCCCUCACUGGAACUCUCUUGUCCCGGUGAAUCUCCAGGUUGUCCCAAGAGAAGUCUCCUUGCCGAGAUUUUCUGAGCCCCUGUACACAUUUUCAGCAUCAGAAGACCUUCCGGAGGGGGCAGAAAUAGGGUCAGUUAAAGCUUUUGCAGAGGAACCCAUCAUCUACAGCCUGGUGAAGGGAACCACGGCUGAAAGCAAUAAGGAUGAGGUCUUUUCAUUAGACAAGAAAACAGGGGUUCUGAAAGUCCAUAAGCCUGUGGAUCACGAGACCACCAAGUGGUACCAGGUUGACGUCCUGGCUCACUGCUCCCACCAGGAGACAGAUCUAGUCUCCUUGGUUUCGGUGAACAUCCAAGUCCAAGACAUCAAUGACAACAAGCCUGUCUUUGAGGCAGAUCCCUAUAAAGCUUUCGUUAUGGAAAACAUGCCAUCGGGAACCACCGUAAUUCAAGUGACCGCUAAUGACCAGGACACCGGGAGCGAUGGACAAGUGACCUACAGCCUGGAAGCAGAAUCAGGCCAUCAUCUCAGAGGACUCUUCACCAUUGAUGGAGAGAGUGGGUGGAUCACAACGCUGAAAGAGCUGGACUGUGAAGCCCAGGGGACCUACCGUUUUCACGUGGUGGCCACCGAUCAUGGUAGGAAAGUUCAGAUGUCUUCCCAAACCUUGGUGGAGGUCACCGUCACGGAUGAGAACGAUAAUGCUCCACGGUUCACCUCUGAACUCUACAAAGGGUUGGUCAUCGAGAACGCCGAGCCUGGGCAGGUCGUGGCCAUGCUCAGCACCCUAGAUGCUGAUAUCUCGGAGUCAAACAGACGAGUCACGUGUUACAUCACCGAAGGAGACGUGUUGGGGCAAUUCAGUGUGGACGAGAUUGAGGGAGAGUGGAAAAUCAUUUCCAAGAAGCCUCUGGACAGAGAAGAUACAGAGAAGUAUCUCCUCCAGGUCAUGGCCUCUGAUGGGAAGUUCCAGGCCACCACCGAAGUGGAGAUUUUUGUCCUCGAUAUCAAUGACAACAGCCCCGAAUGCAGUCAGAUACUCUACACUGGGAAGGUCUCCGAAGAUGCGCUCCCAGGGCUUUUGAUCCUGAAGGUAUCAGCCACAGACCCCGACGUUGGCAGCAAUGCACAGAUAACGUACAGCCUCCACGGCCCGGGGGCUGAGGACUUCCGGCUGGACCCCCAUACGGGGGAGCUGACCACUUCCGCACCUCUCGACCGGGAGCAGAAACCCACCUACCACCUUGUCGCCAAGGCAACAGAUGGCGGAGGCCGGUCCUGCCAGGCGGAUAUAACCCUCGUCGUUGAGGAUGCAAAUGACAACGCUCCCAGGUUCUUCCCCAGCCACUGCACGGUCGCUAUCUUCGAUAACACCACGAUGAAGACGCCGAUCGCAGUGGUCUCGGCCAGGGAUCUCGAUGAAGGUCCCAACGCAGAGGUGGUCUAUUCGCUCUCCGAUUCAGCCGACGGGCACUUUUCAAUCGAGGAAACCACGGGGGUCAUCCGGCUGGAGAAGCCUCUCAAGGACGCUCAGCUCUCGGCCUUCAAGCUGACCGUCCGCGCCACCGACCGGGGCUCCCCCAGUCCCCUCUCCACCCUCAGCACCGUCACCGUCUCGGUGGUGGAUCUGAAUGAGUACCUGCCGGUCUUCCUGAGCCCGGAGUACAUGGCCGUGGUGACCGAGGAUGCAGCGGUGGGCACGGAGGUCCUCAACCUCUCGGCCCUGACGCGGGAUGGCAUGGAGGACACGGAGAUCAAGUACGAGAUCGUGAACGGGAACGACCACAGGAAGUUCCUGCUCAACCCACGCACAGGUACCUUGUACGUCAAUGAGAGCCUGGAUUUUGAAGUGAGCCAUGAGUACUACUUGUCCAUUGAAGGCACAAGGAAGGGCUCGGCCUCCUUCAGCGAUGUCACCAUGGUGGUGAUUAACAUCACCGACGUCAACGACCACGCGCCAGAGUUCACCCAGGCUCCUUACACUGCUGAAGUCCGCGAGGACGUGGCCGUGGGGGAAGUCAUCCUCACGGUGUCAGCUGAGGACAAGGAUGGGGCACUGAACAACCAGGUCACGUAUUCCAUCGUGGGUGGAAACCGCCUGGGACACUUCGCUGUCCACCCCAAGGGUGGGCAGAUCCACGUCGCCAAGAGCCUGGACAGAGAGGAGACUCCCAGCUACUCCCUGACGCUCCGAGCCACGGACAGCGGCCAGCCCGUGUUGUUCGGCGACGCGGCAGUGCGUAUCCGCGUGUUGGACGUGAACGACAACCCCCCGCGGUUCUUCCAGCUCAAUUACAGCGCGGUGGUGCAGGAGAGCGCCCUGGUGGGUACAAGCGUCCUGGAGCUGGUGCUGAGUGACAGAGACUCCCCGGAGAACGGGCCACCCUUUUCCUUCCAGAUCACCGAGGGGAACGACGGGGAGGCCUUUGAUGUCACCCAAGACGGCCUGUUGGUGACGUCUUCGGUCCUGAAUAGGAGAAGCAAGGAGCAGUAUCUGCUACAGGUCCAGGUCUCAGACAGCGGCAUCCCUCCCCUGUCCUCGUCGGCCUUUAUAAACAUCCAGGUGAUGGAGCAGAGCCGGUUCGCGCCCUCGGUGCUGCCCCUGGAGAUCUUCAUCACGACCAGCGAGAAGACCUUCCGGGGAGGAGUGCUGGGCAAGAUCCACGCUACGGACCGAGACCCCCGCGACACCCUGGCCUACACGCUGGUAGCGGUGGCACCCCAAGAAGGCCGCUUCUCCGUGGGGGCCAUGGACGGGAAGAUCAUUGCUGGUGAAGGCCUUCCCCAUGGCCACUAUGUCCUGAAUGUGACCAUCAGUGAUGGCACCUUCACCACCACCACUGGCGUCCACGUCCACGUGUGGUGCUUCAGCCAGGAGGCGCUGGACCGGGCCGUGGUGCUGCGUUUCCACCACCUCAGCCCCGAGGAGUUCGUGGGCGACCACUGGCGCAACCUGCAAAGGUUCCUGGGCAAUAUCCUGGCGAUGCAGCGGCAACACAUCCACCUGGCAAGCCUGCAGCCCACAGAAGCUGCCGAUGGCGUGGACCUCCUCCUGGCCAUCGGAGAGCCCCGCAGCACCUUCUACGAGCCCCACAUCCUUGCCAAGAAGAUUUCCCAGUCCGCUGGGGAGAUGGACCAGCUGGUGGGACUCCAGAUGAAGAAGACCAUCCAUGUCCCAUGCCACGGGCCCGAUUGCACCCGGCGUAUCUGCAAGGAGACCAUCCGGCUGGACCCGGGCUUGAUGUCCACGUACAGCACCGCCCGACUCAGCGUCCUCACGCCGCGGCACAGCUUGGAGCAAGUUUGCUCUUGCAAUGGCACAGCCGUAAGGUUCGGCGGACACAGCUACCUAUGGUACCACCACCUGAGCACGAGAGACUGGCAGAUCCAGUUUCAUCUGAAAACCCACCAGCUGCAUGGCGUUGUGCUCCUCAUCAACGGGACUGCCACUGCUGUUCUGGAGCUUGUCCAUGGCACGCUUCAGCUCGGGUACCGAUGCCACGGGUACAUCCAAGGGAACAUCUCCUCCACGCUCCUUGUGAGCGACGGAGCGUGGCACUCCAUCCUGCUGGGAGUGAAAAGCACAGCCCUCCACCUGCUCCUCGACGGCUCACGAAACACGUCCCUCCCACUGCCAGGGGCCUGUGGCCGCUCUUACGGCAGGACCGACCUGCUCUUCGGAGGGCUCCUCCACCCCUCGCAUCCCCAGCGGAUCACCCGGGGGUUUCGAGGCUGCUUGGAUGCCUUGCGGGUGGACGGCAAUGAGGUGGUGCUCCUGCCCGGGGAGAGGCAGGCGAAGGGAGUGGUGGAGCAGGCAGGGAUCAAGCAAUGCUGUUCUCACGCCGGCGCCUGCAGCAGCAGCCCCUGCCUCAACGAUGGGAUGUGUGCGGAGACCCACGGAGGAGGUUAUACCUGCAUCUGCCCCGGGCUGUUUUCUGGCCACCGCUGUGAGCUGGGGGAUGACCCUUGUGAGUCCAAGCCCUGCCUGCAUGGGGGGACCUGCACCCCAUCCACAACGGGCUACAGCUGCCAGUGCCCAGUUCAGUACCUGGGGGACAGGUGCGAGAAGGCGGCCGAGUGCCGGGACAACCCGUGCCAUAACGCAGGGCGCUGCACGGAUGCCAACGGCACAGCUCACUGCAUCUGCACGGGCGACUUCCAAGGCACCUACUGCACACAGAGGAUCGUCACGCCCGCCAUCGUGCCCACCCGCUGGGGCGUGGGGCCCGAGGAGAUCGCCGAGAUCGCCGUGGGUCUGCUGGGCAUCGCCAUCCUGGUGGCGGUCUUCGUGGUGGUGCGCAAGCGCUACUGCGGCCGCCGCGCCAAGCCCCACAAGCCCGUGGCCCGUGAGGACCCUGACCUGCUGUCCAAGAGCGAGUUCUCCAAAAGCGUGGGCGUGGGCACCCAGGCCGCGCCGUCCAUCGAGCUCAGCCCCCUAGGUGACCGCUCGCCCGCCCGCCUCGACGGCACCGUGCCAGAGCAGGGCAGCCUGGUCCGCACGCCCGAGCUCGUCACCUUCACCACGGGCCAGGCCCCGAAGCACCGGGGCACUAUCGUGUGCAGUGUGGCCCCGCACCUGCCACCCGCUGUACCCGCCACCCAUUGCGAGGGCGAGACCUUCGCCAAGAGCACCUGGGCCAGGGAAGACCUGGUGUACCCAGCGGAAACCACCUACUGGCCUCCCAGCUACCUGGUGUCCGACCUCCAGGACUACCCCCACUACGAUGCUCUUCCCGGGCCGGGGAAGGCCUCCCCACAUCUGCUCCCUCCACCCCCACCUCCGCCCGUGGACUCGGAGCCCGUGGCUCUGUACGGCGGCUUUCCCUUCCCGCUGGACCAGAGCAACAAGCGGGCGCCCAUCCCGCCCCGCUACAGCAACCAGAACCUGGAGGACUUCCUGCCGCCCGGCCCCACGGAAAUCCCCGCCACCCAGUGCCAGAACGAGUACACCGCCAUCAGCUGCUACCCCGCGCAGCUGGUGCAGAGCGAGGGGGCUCCCUACCCUCCGGACCCUGGCUACAAGAGGGUGAGCAUGCGCCUGAGCGUGGCCCAGCCCUCCUAUGCGGACUGCGAAGUGGGGCACCAGGCCGGGGGCCGGGGGCCGCCCCUGCCUCCCCCCAGCUACGAGGGCUCCGACAUGGUGGAGAGUGACUACGGGAGCUGCGAGGAGGUGAUGUUUUAGCGGGGGUGACCCGUGCUUUGCAAGAGGAGAUGGAGCAUUUGCGGCGAGCCGUGGCUGGGACGGACGUGGAAGGGCACGGGAACUUCUUGGUGUCCCCUUCCCGCUAGGUCCCUGUCUGUCCUCCCUUCACAGCUCCCCCGUGUGCAUUCGGGCUGGGACUUGGCUCUGGAGGGAGCAGGGAGCACCCAGAAAGCAGCUGGGAAGCACAAAGGAAAGGCCCCAGAGGCUCACAAGCAGCACCGGUGAACGGUGUCCUCCCUGCAAGAAGGCACCACCUCUUUCUGCCCCGGGCCUGCCACCGUCCAUCCCGGGGCUGGCAGGGAAGAGGCCAGGAAGGGGACAGCAGGACCACUGGCUUGCACCGCAGCAGAAGGCGCCCAUGGACCGGUUGCUUGCAACAGCUCGUGAAUGCCGGUGCAUGGGAGGGGUCUCUCCUGCCUCUGCUUACGGCUUAAUUUGGGUUUCCCAAGAAGGACCAUCCUGCAGACACCAUCCGUCCUCCAUGCUCGCUCCCCCUGGAUAGGGGAGAUGUUAGCUGCCUCACUUGUCCCUCCCUCCGCUUCUCACCCAGCGGGCAGAGAGAGCUUGAAACACCUCCAGGAAAAGCCAAGCUGAACAAUGGCUGGCAAUGGAGACCACUUGCUUGCCCCCCAGCUCUGCAGGCCAGCGGAGGUGGGAAGAAGGUGAUGGUCCCCUGAGCCCCUUCACACCUGGGCUGCACUGCAGAGGGGUCUGUAGCAUCCCUGCUGCUUGGGACUACAAUGGGCAUGCCGGACACAGACAGGCUCUCCAAGUCCACCAGCUCCACGUGGUUGAUGUCCCACACGUGGCACCUGGCCUCCCAGCCUGGGGAGGACCAGGAGGCAGAAGGCACUGCCGACAGCCCAGCAUUGGGUGCAAUGAACCACAGACCUGCCAACACAAGUCUUGUGCAUGCUCGUGCGCGUGUCUGGGCGCGGCGGGGCUCACCGCCACAGGGGACGGACGUUCCUGCGGUGGUUGGGCUGCGACACGGGCUGCGCCUGUGUGGCCGUGUGCUUGGAAAUGCCACGCCGCGCUGCGAGAGGUUCCUUCGCUGUUUGGUUGAAGCCCGAAAGCAAUAAAGAGGAAUUUUUUUAUUGUG